AUGAUAGCCAGAGUUGGAUUGAGAAGUUUCAAGAGCUGCAUAAGAUCUAGAAGUUUGCCUGUUAAAAACAUAAGGUAUUUAACAACAAAAACAAGUAUUACUGACCAUGCCACUGGAAGGGUUAUUACUUUAAGUGAUCCUAGUCGUCCAGAGAUAGCUGACUAUCCCAACCCUGAACCCAAGUUAGCUCAAGAAAAAGAUCCCUACAUCAAGUAUGAUGAUCAACAAAACAGAAGAAAUAUUGGUGAACCUGUAAAUAUUGAUGAUGACUAUUAUGAUAUGUGGUCCCCUGAUUAUUUUAAUUUUGUCUCUGACAAAACAGCUUUGAAACACAACGGUAUCUUCUUCUCACUUAUAUUUGGCUUUGGAGCAGCCAUAUGGUAUUUUGAAUUGAAUCCUGCUAAGCCAGCUAUGCCAAGGUCAUAUCCUUCAGGGGGUUUAGCAAAGGAACUUGGCUCGGGAGAUGAUAAAGACGAUUUCUUCUACCGUGUUAAACCAGAUAUUACGGCAGAAGAAGAACUUGGUUUCUUGGCCUAUGAUGAAUCUGUUGCCGAAAAACGCGAUGCUUACGUUAAAGCAAAUUCUGACUUCAUAAAUGCAUAA